UGGUAAAUUAACCGUCUAUCUUUAAGAAGAAAAAAAAUAAAAACUUCUCCCUCUUUUCCUCUCUCUUCUCCUACCCUUGUUCAACUCCAGAGAGCAGAUUUCACACCAUUUCUAGGGUUUUUCCCGGUGCUCUCUACUCCCUAAUCUCAUCUCAAAUCUCCCCCAAUUUCUACCCUAAUUUAUCCUUUUCUUCGGGUUCCUGAAUUUUCCAAUUUCAUCAAUUUUGAUGAAGCAGAAGAAGUUUCCGAUUCGAUUCGGUUCGAUUUCCCCCCCUCUCCUGUUGACACUGUAAUGGCGAAUUUCAGUUCUCCUAAGAUUCUAUUCCCGCUCUUCUUAUUGUUCUUAAACCCUAGAUUUUUGUUCAAUUUUGGUGUUGAAUCGAGUUCAGCUUGAUUUUGUUAUUCUGUUACUGUAAUGUUGAGUUUCCGUUGUUCAAUGAUUCCACUCUUGCUGCUUUUUGUGUUAAACCCUGGAUUUCUCUCUCCUCCAAUAGCUUAUGCUUCUUCUUCCGUUGCGGAUGAUGUUGAAUUGAGCUUGCUGUUGUUAUCCCAUCAUGAUUAUUCUCCCCCGUCGCCGCCUCCUCCCCCACCGCAUCCGCCGACCGUGUCGUGUGAGGGGGAUCUAGACGGUGUUGGUUCUUUGGAUACCACUUGUCAAAUAGUAUCUGAUUUGAAUCUUACUGAUAGUGUUUAUAUACAAGGGGCGGGCAAUUUUUUCAUCCUCCCUAAUGUAAAACUCAACUGUUCUAAGGCUCCUGGGUGUGAAAUUGCAAUCAACAUCACUGGCAAUUUUAGCUUAGGCGAAAACUCUACUAUUAUUGCUGGUACUUUCGAUUUAGAUGCUUGGAAUGCAUCAUUUAGUGAAGGGUCAGUGAUUAAUACUACUGGAUUAGCCGGCGAUCCACCUCCCCAGACGAGCGGGUCUCCUGCUUUAUUGGAUGGGUCAGGUGGUGGACAUGGAGGGCGAGGUGCGUGCUGUAUGUUGGAUAAUUCGAAGAGCCCUGAGGAUUAUUGGGGCGGGGAUACUUAUUCUUGGUCAACCUUGGAUGAGCCUCGGAGUUACGGAAGUAAGGGAGGAACUACGAGUAAGGAGGUCGAUUAUGGUGGGGGAGGUGGUGGGAGGGUUAGAAUUCGUGUGAAGGAGUUCCUGGUGGUAAAUGCGCAGGUUUUGGCUGAUGGGGGCGAGGGGGGAAACAAAGGUGGUGGCGGCUCUGGUGGGAGCAUCCACAUCAAAGCUCACAAAAUGUCUGGUGAUGGUAAAGUAAGUGCAUGUGGGGGCAAUGGUUUUGGUGGUGGAGGUGGUGGGCGAGUUUCAAUUGAUGUUUUCAGUUGGCAUGAUGAGCCAGACACUUUUUCUCAUGGAGGAAAUAGUUAUGGAUGUUCAGAUAAUGCUGGUGGUGCUGGGACUCUUUUUGACGCUGUUCCCCGCAGCCUUUUUGUUAGUAAUCACAAUCGUUCAACAGACACAAACACCUUGCUGAUGGAUUUUCCUAAUCAGCCUCUUUGGACCAAUGUAUAUGUACGAAACCAUGCGAAGGCAUCUGUUCCAUUGCUUUGGAGUCGGGUGCAGGUUCAAGGCCAGAUUAAACUGGAGGCUGGUGGAGAAUUGAGCUUUGGGCUGGCAAAGUACGCUUCGUCAGAGUUUGAACUAAUGGCUGAGGAAUUGUUGAUGAGUGAUUCAGUGAUCAAGGUGUAUGGAGCUCUUCGUAUGUCUGUGAAAAUGUUUUUGAUGUGGAAUUCUCGAUUGCUAGUAGAUGGUGGUGCUGAUGGCGCUGUUGCGACUUCUUUGCUUGAGGCUAGUAAUCUGCUGGUUCUUAGGGAAUCAUCCUCCAUACACUCUAAUGCUAACUUGGGAGUUCAUGGGCAAGGUUUGCUGAAUUUGACAGGUCCUGGUGAUGUGAUUGAGGCACAACGUCUGGUGCUGUCAUUAUUUUAUGGCAUCCAUAUUGGGCCAGGAGCAUUCUUGCGUGGUCCACUGAAGAGUGCGAAGAAAGAUGACAUGACACCUAGUCUGUACUGUGAUCGCGAUGACUGUCCUAAAGAAUUGCUGCAUCCUCCUGAGGAUUGCAAUGUCAACUCUUCCUUGUCUUUUACUCUUCAGGUAUGCAGAGUUGAAGAUGUUAUCGUUGAAGGCGCUAUAGAAGGAUCUGUCGUCCAUUUUCAUAGAGCCAGGACUAUAAAUGUGAGACCAUUUGGAACUAUAACUGCGUCGGGCUUGGGUUGCUCUGGUGGAAUAGGCAGAGGAAAGGUUCUCAGUGGGGGGCUUAGUGGUGGUGGUGGUCAUGGUGGCAAUGGUGGGGCUGGAUGUCAUGGUGGUACUUGUGUCGAGGGUGGGGUAUCAUAUGGAAGUAAAUAUUUACCCUGUGAACUUGGUAGUGGAAGUGGAAAUGAUAGCCUAGCUGGUACCACAGCUGGUGGUGGUAUUGUUGUCAUGGGUUCCAUGGAGCAUCCAUUGUCCAGCCUGUCUGUUGAGGGCUCAUUGAGAGCUGAUGGAGGAAGCUAUCAAGAUAGCAGUAGCAAAGCAUAUGCUGUUUUUGACAGCUUUAGUGGAGGUCUUGGAGGUGGAUCAGGUGGCACUGUUUUAUUAUUCAUGGGGACAUUGACUAUUGGCGACAAUGCCACCCUUUCCAGUGUAGGUGGGAAUGGUGGUCCGCUAGGUGGUGGUGGCGGUGCUGGCGGCAGGGUGCAUUUUCACUGGUCUGAAAUUCCAUCGGGUGACCUGUAUCAGCCGAUUGCCAGAGUGGGAGGAAGAAUUGCCACUGGGGGAGGAUCAGGUGUUGAUGAAGGUGGUCCCGGAGAAAAUGGAACAGUAACAGGAAAAGCUUGCCCAAGAGGCCUCUAUGGCAUCUUUUGCAAGGAAUGCCCCCCUGGCACUUACAAAGAUGUCAUUGGAUCUGAAGAAUCCCUUUGCCAUCAUUGUCCUACAUUGGAUCUUUCCCAUCGUGCUGUUUACAUAUAUGUCAGAGGUGGUGUCACUGAAGCUCCAUGUCCUUACAAAUGUGUUUCAGACAGAUAUCAUAUGCCACACUGCUACACAGCCCUUGAGGAGCUGAUUUAUACUUUUGGAGGACCUUGGAUGUUUGGUCUUAUUCUACUGGGCCUUCUUAUUUUGUUGGCCCUUGUGCUCAGUGUGGCACGUAUGAGGUUUGUUGGGGUUGAUGAGUUACCUGGUCCUGCUCCAACUCAACAUGGCUCUCAGAUAGACCACUCUUUUCCUUUCUUGGAGUCACUUAAUGAGGUCUUGGAAACAAAUAGAGCUGAAGAGUCUCAGAGCCACGUUCAUAGGAUGUAUUUUAUGGGACCAAACUCAUUUGCUGAACCUUGGCAUCUCCCUCACUCUCCACCGGAACAAUUAAAAGAAGUUGUGUAUGAGGGUGCUUUUAAUAGAUUUGUAGACGAGGUUAAUAUUCUAGCGACGUACCAGUGGUGGGAGGGAUCAGUAUACAGUAUACUUGGUGUUUUAGUACAUCCAUUGGCUUGGUCUUGGCAGCAGUGGCGCCGCAGGAUUAAAUUGCAGCGACUUCGAGAAUUUGUUCGAUCUGAAUAUGAUCAUGCUUGCUUACGAUCUUGUCGUUCACGUGCUCUUUACGAGGGGAUUAAGGUUGCUGCUACUCCUGAUCUGAUGCUGGCAUACGUGGAUUUUUUCCUCGGUGGUGAUGAGAAAAGGAGUGAUCUCCCUCCUCGUCUACAUCAAAGGUGUCCUUUGGCUAUACAUUUUGGCGGGGAUGGAAGUUAUAUGUCACCCUUCACUCUUCACAGUGACAAUAUUCUUACUAGCCUUAUGAGUCAGUCUGUCCCACCUACUACUUGGUAUCGUCUGGUGGCCGGUCUUAAUGCACAUCUACGAUUGGUACGCCGUGGAUGCUUAAGGAAAACAUUCCGACCUGUUCUAAGGUGGCUUGAAAGUCAUGCUCACCCCAAGCUGAAGAAUUAUGGUCUUCGUAUUGAUCUUGCUUGGUUUCAAGCCACAGCUUGUGGAUAUUGUCAGUAUGGUCUUUUAGUCUAUGCUGUUGAUGAGGACCUCGAGUCUCUAUCUGUUGAGUGUCCUGAACAACCUUCCAGCAACUGUGGAGGGAAUUCAUCGAGCAACCACUGGGAUGAUGCCCUCUUAGACCAUGCUAGCAAAACAAAUGAAUAUUUGAUGAGGCAGAAGAAGUCGUAUGGAGCAAUUCUGGACAUUGAUAAUAUACGAGGUCUGGAAGAAAAGAGAGAUAUUUUCUUCCCCUUUUCUCUCAUUCUUCAUAAUACGAAGCCUGUAGGGCACCAGGAUCUUGUUGGUUUGGUCAUAUCUAUAUUGCUUUUGGGGGAUUUCAGUCUAGUGCUGCUUACUCUACUCCAGCUUUAUUCGGUCUCAAUGGUGGAUGUUUUCCUUGUAUUACUUAUUUUACCACUGGGUAUUCUUCUUCCAUUUCCUGCUGGGAUUAAUGCUUUGUUCAGUCAUGGUCCUCGGCGUUCAGCUGGUCUUGCACGUCUGUACGCUCUGUGGAACAUUACCUCGUUGGUCAAUGUUGUGGUUGCAUUUGUUUGUGGUUAUAUUCACUACAAGACUCAAGCGUCACGAAGCAAAAUGAUUCCAUAUUUGCAGCCAUGGGGCAUGGAUGAAGGUGAGUGGUGGAUUUUUCCAGUGGGACUGCUUUUGUGUAAAUGUCUUCAGUCUCGACUGAUAAAUUGGCAUGUUGCGAAUUUGGAGAUACAAGAUCGCUCGUUGUAUAGUUCCGACUUUGACGUAUUUUGGCAGUCAUAAGUCAUAACAUCAAUCUUCUUUUUUUUUUGGUCUCUUGCCCGAGUAUUAGGUUUUUUGUAUUUUGUCUUGGGCGUAGAUGAGAGGGAAACAAAAGAACUGAAAAGGAAAAAGAAAACAACAGGAGUGAAAGAAAUUUAUUAGAGCUAGGAUAAAUGUCAUUCUUUUGUGUAGCUGAUCCAUUGUGUAGUCUUUUGUAUCUCAUGUUGUACAUAAUAGAGUACAUAUGCGCUUCCCUUUUCUUACUAUGUAUGAAUCUCUCUGACAUUUUGACAAAUGUAACAUACUUAUUUAACAGAAACACUUGUGACUCUUACUAA